AUGGCAGUCAAAGCUCAAAAGAGUGAAGAGUGGGCCCGCUCUGUUUGGCGGGGAACCAAGAGCGGCACCUCAAACAUCUCACUCAUCAAUCCAUCUAAAACCGACAUUAACAACCACAUCAAAAGAGAGUAUUUCGGAAGCAAAAGACGUAGUUUAUUUCACUCAGCAAACCGGAAAGAGAUACCUAACAGAAUAAACCAUCCUCCAAACAUGACGACAGCAGUGGAAGCACCUAUACCGCCUCAAGUCGAAAACGUGGCGCCGCAUGCCAAACCUCAAGAGCUAUCAUUUCCCCUUCCAAAGGCAUUGCAUACGACCGCACACAUCCAUCUCACCUUCUUGGACACAUGCACAACGGUGUUCCUGGCUACGUCGACACCGGGUGACUCGGCGGGGUCCGUGAAGCCGAUGGGGAGCUUCGUUUACGCUAUGCCGGACUUGGGUUGGCGGCGUGAGAGUAUAUCCAUAUUCACAGGAGCCCAUGCGGAACAUUGGAAUACCAUGAGUCUUCCAAUGUUUAUUCAUCCCCAGGACUCCUUCUUCCAUCGCACGAACCCUCGCGACACCAUAUCCACAACGCUAUACAAUCUCCCUGGAAGUGUGGAAUACACGACUCGGAUCGCUAAGGUCCUGGCUCGUCGCAUGAUGGUCCCAGUCUACGUGGGCUGCAGCAUUGAUCCGACAGCGCUCGGGCUAUUGGUCGAGGAAGAGAUGGAAGGAUUGACGAAGAUAGUGGAGGUAAUUAUGCAACGGUGGGAAGGAUCCAGGAAAUGA